UUCAUUCAUUCAGAAAACACAGAGAAGUAAUUUUUCAUACAGAUUUCUUCUCUCAAUUAUUUCUUCUGUUUGCUUUAAAAAUGAUACUAUCCUUCUCCACUAAGAAUGCAACCCCUGAGACAUACCGCGACUUCAUACAAGCUCUGCGAGACCAACUCACAGCCGGACGACCCACAUCACACGGUAUACCAGUGCUGCCUCGAAGAGAAGAUGUGCCGGACGCGCAGCGCUUUCUUCUUGUUGAUCUCACAAACUCUCAAGGCAAUACCAUCAGGCUCGCAAUCGAUGUGGUCAACGCUUACGUGGUGGGUUAUGCUGCAGAUGGUCGAGCCUAUCUUCUUCAAGAAAAUGCUCGUGAUAAUCGGCCUCCAAUCCACACUUUAUUCCGCGACGCCACCACUCGGAUUGAUCUGGGCUUCGACGGCAGCUACAGCGGGCUUUCGCGGGUUGCACGAGAAGCAGUAGAACGGAAUACCCCACGUAAUCGUGCUCGUAACCGAGCUGGGGCAAGUGCGCAUGACAAUACACCUGUGCUUGAGCAAAUCCCCAUGGGACGCAAUGAACUAGAUACCGCCAUCAGCCUGUUGUCCUCCGCGUCAUCCCCAACCAACCAAGCCUUAGGGUUUAUCGUCAUCAUUCAGAUGCUGUCAGAAGCGGCAAGGUUCCGGGCCAUUGAGGGACUAGUCCGCACUACCAUGCGGGAAACGUACGAUCCACUUAUGCGAGGCCUUGCAAUGGAGAGCCUGGAAACCCAUUGGUCUGAUCUCUCCGAACAGAUCCAGAGGGCACAACAGCGCAAUGAAACAGGCUUCGAUAGGACUAUUAUGCUCCACAAUGUCGGAAAUGAACGCCGCGAAGUAAACAGUGUUGAUUCACCCUUCGUUCGGGGUGUCGCGAUGCUGCUCUACGAUCGAAACGGAAAUUGCAACCCUGGAUCUGGACCUCAUCGUCAUGAUGAAUUGUAAUUGUAAUACUUCAACUUAGUUGACUUUUGUUGUUGUUUGCUUUGCUUGGUUGACCCUUCCGUUUUGAGAGGUGUGCAAUUUGCAAAUCGUGUCGUUCGUGUGUAAUAAAAUAACGGCCAGCAAGGUUAACUUCUGUUCUCCAGUUAGUAUUUUUCACAUGUAAUAUCGCUUUCAUCACUGGAAAUUGUGUUAAUGAUUCAAUGUCUCUAGUGGUUUCACAUAA